AUGGUACAGGAAAUUCCUUCCCAAGUGCCGGAAGAGCUGUACAAUCUGACUCAGCUGGCCGAGGUGUCGAUAGCGGCCGGUAAGCUGCAUACGGUCUCGGACGAAACCGAGCCAUCGGUGGCCCUGCCCGACUACCUGACGGAGCAGCAGCAGCAGCAACAGCAACAGUAUGUGCCCAAAGCGUACGAACCGAUGAUGUGCAACUUCGUCCAGUACGUUGACGCAGCGGGCCGGGUGGUUAUCGUCCCGUCGACCGAUUACUACGUGCCGCCGUCCUACCCGUACACCCUGAGCCACCAGCCAGCAUCGGUCAGCAUCCCGAUAGUGGUCAGCAUCCCAAGCAGCUCGGUACCCAGCGCUGCCACCGAGCCAAUCGUGGUAACGGCGAAUCCCAGAUCCAUACAUUCCCUAGCGCCCUCGAACGACCUUUCCACGAUGGCCACGAAGAAGAAGUGGACCAAAACGUGGGAGAUAAUCCACAGCCUGCAGAACUCCGAUGCGACGACGGACUCCGAUAUCCGUGCGCCACAGGAUACCGUUGCCGAUAACGAUCGCGGUUGCCUGGUGUACUUCCCACCGACGUCGCUCGUAACUGCCGAUGCUGUCUUAUCAGCGGCCGAUAAGGACGUGACCAUGACGCCUAUAUUAGAGAGCCCACCAGUCACGGAAGCUGUCAGUCGUUGCUUCGGCAACGGCCUGCUGGCCGAUGCAACGAUCGCGGAUACGGGUCCCGGCUCGACCGAAGUGUCCGAGGAGUCGCAGGAUUCGGCCGUGGUCGAGUGUCACUAUUCGCACAAAGUGUUUGACCUCAAGAAGGCUCGCAAGGCCCGCACGGUUUCCUGUGCGAGUACGGGCAGUUGUAUGGAAUCCGCGGGCCCGCCGGAGGACCAGGAGCUGGCACCAUGUCCAACCCCGGACGGUGGUAGUGAUUCGGGACUGGGUGGUGGCGAUCAGUUGGGCCCGAAGAGCAGUGGCGACGAAACGGUGAGCGGAUCGUCCGACGAUGUGCACACGUGCCCGGAGUGCAACAAGCGGUACUCGACUUCGUCCAACUUGGCCCGACAUCGACAGACGCAUCGCUCGUUGGAGGACAAAAAGGCCCGCCGGUGUCCGUACUGCUCGAAAGUGUACGUGUCGAUGCCGGCCUACUCCAUGCACGUGCGCACCCACAACCAGGGCUGCCAGUGUCCGACUUGUGGAAAAUGCUUCUCCAGACCGUGGCUGCUGCAGGGACACAUCCGCACACACACUGGUGAGAAACCGUUCCGAUGCAACGUCUGCCAGAAAGCGUUUGCCGACAAGUCGAACCUGCGGGCCCACGUGCAGACGCACUCGAACAUGAAGCCGCACGCGUGUGGACGCUGCGGCAAAUCGUUCGCCCUCAAGUCGUACCUCUACAAGCACGAGGACUCGUCCUGUCUGAAGAACGACAAACCACCGAAGCCGGCCAAGCAGCCGAAUCGCGGGGCGCGUCGCUUGAAAACCUCGAAGGAUAGACCGGUGGCGACCGUCACGGGGCCAUCGGAGCCACCGCCAAGUGAAGCAGCCAUUCCAUCCACGGCCAUCGGAGUGUUUCGGAGUUCGGCUGCACCGGCGGCUGAGUCGGACCAGCGCCAUCAACUUGCCACCGCUGCGUCCAGCAUCCCGUUCAAGGAUGUGGUCCGUGCGAAGAUCCGAGAAGUGUUCGGUGACAACUGUAAGCGCGCCGGCCGGUUACUGACGCCAUCGGCUGCCGGGCACUCGACUAGCGCCGCCGCCGCCGUAGCUCCCGUCCCGACCGACAACCGGAUCAGCGUGAUCCGGCUGGCCACUUCGACCGGCACGGCUGUGUACGGAGUCACUGCUGCUGCUGCCGGCUCACCGAUAGCAUCUCAUGCCGCCUCGACCACCAGGACCACCGAGUUUACGCAAACCUACCCGGUGAUUGCGUAG